CAACUGGAAGAGCUGAAGGGUUUCCUUUGAUUGUAACAGGGCAUAAAACCUGAUUCACAAGCUGAAUUUUUUUUUCCUUGAGCAGAAUUAUUCCCAAUUUUAUUGUUUCAAGACAUUGUGCACAGUUCUUUGAAGGCUGUGAAGCUGGAACCUGUCUGAACAAGGACAGAGAUCUACCUGUACUUCAGUUCUGCUCUUGAAUGGAUCAUUUUCAUUCUGUGACAUCAUAACAGUACCUUAUUAUGUCCCUAUACAAAUCCUCGACUAUAGCAUCUCCGGAUCAUGUGACAGGUGAAAAAGGACCAUUUGAUUUGAAGACUGAACACAGAGGUUGAAAGGGAUUUUUAAAUUUCCUUUAAGCACAGGCUGUUGUCCUUCUGAAUUAAAUCAACCAGUCUGGUAAGAAGUGAAUCAGCUGGACAAACAGAGGAUUUUCAACACCUCAAGAUGGGCAGUGGAGCCAGUUCUGAAAGCAAGGAGUCAGCCAGGAGAUCCAGAGAACUGGAAAAGAAACUCCAGGCAGAUGCAGAGAGAGAAGCCAGGACAGUCAAACUACUACUGUUGGGUGCAGGGGAGUCAGGAAAGAGCACUAUUGUAAAGCAAAUGAAGAUCAUCCAUAAAGAUGGUUUCACAUACCAGGAACGCAUGGAGUUCAGAUCUGUCAUUUACAGUAAUGCAGUGCAGUCUAUUCUGUCUAUCGUGAAAGCAAUGACUAAGUUAGGAAUCAGUUAUGAAAAUCCAGCUAGAAUUGAAGAUGAAAGGAAACUGUGUGCCAUGGCAACAACUCUGGAGGAUGGCGACCUGUCUUCUGAAUUGGUUGAACUCAUCAAACAACUGUGGAGCGAUGGCGGGACCCAGGCCUGCUUUGCCAGGGCAGUGGAGUACCAGCUCAGUGACUCGGCAGCCUAUUACCUCAACGAUUUGGAUAGGUUAGCAAUGCCAGACUACGUGCCUAGUGAGCAAGAUGUUUUGCACUCCCGAGUGAAAACAACUGGGAUUAUAGAGACUCAAUUUUCUUUCAAAGAUUUGAACUUCAGGAUGUUUGAUGUGGGUGGACAGCGAUCAGAGAGAAAAAAGUGGAUUCACUGCUUUGAGGGAGUUACCUGCAUCAUAUUCUGUGCUGCACUCAGUGCCUAUGACAUGGUUCUUGUGGAAGACAAAGAAGUGAACAGAAUGCACGAAAGCCUUCAGCUAUUCAACAGCAUCUGCAACCACAAGUGCUUUGCAUCCACCUCCAUUGUGCUGUUUCUAAAUAAAAAAGACCUCUUUCAAGAGAAAAUAACAAAAGUUCACCUGAAUAUCUGCUUUCCUGAGUAUAAUGGACUAAAUACAUUUGAAGAUGCUGGAAAUUACAUCAAGAAACGAUUCCUAGACUUGAACAUAAGGAAAGAAGAUAAGGAGAUAUAUUGUCACUUGACAUGUGCCACAGACACCCAGAAUGUCAAGUUUGUAUUUGAUGCAGUCACAGACAUAAUAAUCAAAGAAAAUCUGAAAGACUGUGGGCUUUUCUAGCCAUUCUCUCCUUUGCUCAUAGUUUGACUCCAUCUCAAUCCACUUCCUUCUCUUCAUCCUGUGUGCUGACUGAAAUGAAAAAAAACUCUAGGGAAGAA